UCAAACUUGUCCUUGUUUCAGAAAACAACUAUCACCAAUCUCCAAGAGGCUGAAGGAAACUAGCCAUCGUGCUGUACCAACUGUUACUAGUAAUAUUAGCUAUUUCAUUUGUGAACAGCUACAACUGAUGGUACAGAGGGGAAAAGAGAGCCAUGAAAUUCGUAAUCCCAUGAAUUUGGUGAGAACCAACUGACCACUCAAACAAUUGCUUCUUCUUCAUGACCGAACUUUCCAAACGUUGAGCUGGCAAGAAUGCACCUGCUAUCAUAUAUCAAGACCUUCUGUCAUCAAUCGCCCCAGUUCCACACUGCCCUGAGCACCCAAUACCCACUCCUCCAAACAGAGAGCAGCCACCUUCAGAAUAGAGCAACACACCAGAAGAGGUUGAAAUCGUUGAACCAAAUUUCAGAGGUGCAGCAAAAGAGAGAAACCUAUACUACCCAAACCAAAAAGACCUCAACGACCUUAUCGGAGAUCUUGGUCUCACAAAGUCCAGUGCUGAACUUUUGACAUCCGGCAGUGGAAUUUGUUACAUGAAGGUGUGCAAGUCAGAUAAAGUGCAACCAGUAUUUUUCAAGUUUUUUCACCAGUCAAGAUGGGCUUUGCUUCUGUCACAAUCUGACUGGUCUGUUUGAGGCUAUUGGAAUCACUUGUAACCCCAACGAGUGGCGCCUCUUCAUUGACAGCUCAUCCAAGAGCCUCAAAGCCGUGCUACUUCACAACGGGAAUAUGUAUCCAUCUCUUCCCCUGGCUCACUCAGUGCAGCUCAAAGAGAAAUACAGCAGCGUGAAGAUCUUGCUUAAAGCCUUGAAAUAUGAAGAGUACAGAUGGGAGGUUAUUGGAGACUUUAAAAUGGUGACCUUUAUGAUGGGUCUCCAAGGCGGCUUUACCAAGUUCCCAUGUUAUCUUUGCCUUUGGAACAGCAGGGAGACUGCAGAACACUACCAGAGGCGGCACUGGCCACAGUGGACCGAGUUCGGUGUGAGGAAGAAAAACAUCAAAUGGGAGCCACUGUUGGACCCCCGAAAAGUAUUGUUCCCUCCACAGCACAUAAUAUUGGGUCUUAUGAAACAGUUUGAUUCGGCUCUAUAUCAGGAGUCUGCAGCCUUCAGAUAUCUUAAAGACUUUUUCCCUAAGCUGUCUGAGGCAAAAGUGAAAACCGGUGUCUUCGUCGGACCACAAAUGUACAAGAUCUUAGAGUGCAAGGAAUUCUCCAAGAAGCUCACUGAGGCGGAGGAAUCAGCGUGGAACACCUUUGUUGCAGUGGUUCGAGGGUUUCUGGGAAAUCACAAAGCCGUAAACUAUGUAGCGAUUGUUGAGACUCUGAGGAACAUCCUGCAGUUUGAGUGCCGUUACCAAGGAUCGUAUAACGGAAACAUGAAAGUAAUUUACAGUAUAAGCGUAAAUCGCGAAAAACUACUCGCUUCUUUUGUGGUAUUUUUUCUGCAAUCCUAGAAUGAAUAAAUGCCACCUUUGAAUUAUAUGUUGUUUUGAUCCUACUUUGAAUGAAUGAAAAUGCUCACAUUUGCCGAUUUUCACAAUGGUAUUAGUUUAACUUAAGAAAUAUCUCUAUCCUGGUCACAUUAUUCAUGCUUUCUCGCCAUUAUUCAUACUUUCUAGACCUAACCAAAUAAGAAAUA